GCCGAUUCUUUGAUGAAAAUGAAUCCCCUGUUGAUCCGCAGCAUGGCUCUAAACUGGCGGAUUACAAUGGGGAUGAUGGUAACGUAGGUGAGUAUGAGGCAGACAAGCAGGCUGAGCUGGCUUACAAUGAGGAAGAAGAUGGUGAUGGUGGAGAGGAAGACGUCCAAGAUGAUGAAGAGCGAGAGCUUCAGAUGGAUCCUGCAGACUAUGGCAAACAGCGCUUCAAUGAUGUCCUUUAAGUCUAAGGGAUGCCGGAAGCCCAAAGCGCUGUGCAGCAAAUCAUCUCUACUUGUCAGUUUUGACUUUUGUUGUAAAGAUCAGUUGUAUCAGUUGUAAAGAUACAUUGAGAUAGACUUAAGGGAAUUUUAAUGAAGGAAUGUACCAGUGUACAUAUGUGAACUUUUUCAUAUUGUAUUAUCAAAGCAGAUUCUUUUUUGGUUACGACACAGCUGAGCCAAAAACAGUUAAUCUUUGCAUUUAAAGCAAACUAAUGUAAAUUUCACAUUUUAUUGAGCCUGAGUUUUUUGGUUGUUGUUGUUUUUUUUUUUUUUUUUUUUUCCCACAAAAAGACAAACAGGAGCAAGUGUUUGUCCAGAUUAUGUGCUGCACAUAGUGUGACCGCAAUGAGAAGCCAUUCAAGUGAAAAGUCUACACUAACACAUUUUUGUUACCCCGUUGGUGUCCUCUCUACCCCUCAUUUAACACUCUAAGGAGUUACACUAGAAUAGGUACACAGAAGUGGGAGGCCAGAUGCCAAGCGAUGGGCAACAUGUACAGAAUGCCCCUGUUCCCUUACCCUCCGAGAGUGCGGGUGACUGGGCUGAGGCCGGAGGAGGGCCCAGGUCCACAUGGCCAUAGCUCUCAGUUGUUCUUACGUGGUUCUGGACGUCGUGGAGGGCAUGGCUGACAAUGUAGUUUCAGUUUUCAAGUGAUAACAGUACUGUUUAACUCUGGUCGGCACUGGCGAAAAUUCUUUAGAUUUUCAGAGUUCAAGCUGGUGAAUAUAUUCACCGUUCAAGUGUCAGAUCCUGAAAGAGAUGAAAUCCACUUUGAAAUGAGUCUACAAUCAGUACAGCAAAGCUUUUUGGGUAGUUUUAAUGAUCAUAUUUGAUUAGACUUUUCCAGGAUUACUAAGUAAGGGAUUUUAAAAGCUUUUUAUUAAUGAACAGAUAAAUAGAAAUACCGUGAAGUCUACAGCUGUUUUACCGAAAUAGCUGGAAACUUUGUAAUAAAAAUGAAUAUUUGUAAUUAAUGUUAGUUAAGAACCCACCUAGCUCAUUUGCUAGACUUACAGAAUUAUUUUCAGUGCAUUGUGUCUUUUGGCUUAUUCAUGUAUAAGCUAGCUAAUCCUUGUUUGCUGAUUUCAAGCACUUUUAAUUUUUUUUGUGUUCCUUAAAAAUGAAAGGUAUUGAUCAUAAGGGGAAAAUGUAAGGCUAUUAAUACUGUGUUUUAGAAGGGCUGCUAUUAAUUGCACAUAAACAUGAAAUACUGAGGAGUGACUGUAGCUCAGAUGUGUGAGGCCCGAGUGUGAUCCCAACACUGAAGAAUAAACAGCAAACCAAGUGAACAGGCAUGAAAAUAAAUACUAUCUGUAGAAGAAGUGGUUGUUCAUUUACUGAGACACUGAGGUUCUUAUGUUUCAGUCCAAAGUUAUUCAAUGUCCAGGAAGAGAUGCAGUCAUUUAUUAAAAUUGUUUUCGUACUAUAUCAGAUUAUGAACAGCUGGGCAUGCAUCUCACCUGCAAAGGUAAUGUUGAGGAGCCAGAAACAGAUGGGUGGGUCCCUGGGCUCCCUGACCAGCCAUCCUGGCCUAAUUAGCAAGUUUCCAGGCCCCUAAAGGGACAGUUCUGAGGAACUGUAUGCUGAGUCUACAGGUGCCUAGUGAUGCUUGAUGCUUGAUCCUGGAGAGCUGUACAGACAAAAUACAAAGAGGCCUGCUGAGUACAUGUCAGGAAACCCUCACUGCUUGUACGGGAGCUAUCCUUACACAGCAAAAUGUCAGUUAGUAGCCUAGACGUUUUUAAAACUGAGGAAUCUUGAACCAGUUGAUACUAUUUCUGACUGUAUUAACAUUUAGUGCUAUAAUUACCAUGUGGAUCUCUUUAAAUUGUGAUGUUCUGCAGUGUGUAGUAGACAUGCUGUUUUAUUUUGUUUACAGUGUUCCACUUCUGCCUUAAGAUUUAGGGAGUUUUGUUCAUUUUUUGUUUUGUUUUAAUGUUUUUGCCCUGAAUUAAGUAUUAAUUUGAUGGGAACUCUGAUUUUAAAAAUCGUCACUUACUGGGUUCUAAUAAAUUAAAAAGUUAAAACUUG